GCCGCUGCAGAGCCGAGCCGAGCCGAGCCGAGCGGAGCCGCCGACAGCCUCGGAGCUGUCGCGAUGUGGUAGCCCAAACCAUGGACAGCAGAAUAAAGGAGAGUCCAGAGAGAACAUUUGAUCUGGUUCUGCAGGUGUCCUGUCCAGCAGCUGAGCAUGAAGAUCCAACCGUGCUGUGGAGCUUCCCCCAGGACCACACAGACCAGGAGGUCCUUCAGACGAUACCAAAGUUCUGCUUUCCCUUUGACGUGGAAAGGGUUAACCAGAGUCAGGUGGGGCAGAACUUCACCUUCGUGCUGACGGACAUCGACGGCAAGCAGAGAUUUGGUUUCUGUCGUCUCACUCAAGGCUGCCGGAUCUGCAUAUGUCUGCUCAGUUAUUUACCAUGGUUCGAAAUCUACUACAAGCUGCUAAACACCCUGUCGGAUUACCUAAUGAAACAACAGGAAAAUGACUUGAACGACAUGCUGAAUUCUCUCUAUGAUCUGCCUGUGCCAAAGCCCUUCACGCCAGUCAACCUGAGUGUGAAUGAGCAGUUGUAUAUUGCCACUGGGCAAGUACUGAGAGAUCGGGGAAGCAAGGAGAUGCACUCGUACUUCAUCGCCCCGGAUAUCAAUGGACUGCCAACGAUCCCUGAGAGUAGGAACCUGACAGAGUAUUUUGUGGCCGUGGACGUCAACAACAUGCUCCAGCUCUACGCCUGUAUGCUGCACGAACGACGCAUCAUCAUUACCUCAAGCAAGCUUAGCACUUUAACGGCAUGUGUCCACGGUGCGGCUGCGAUGCUCUUUCCCAUGUACUGGCAGCACAUCUUCAUCCCUGUGCUGCCCCCGCAUCUUCUGGACUACUGCUGUGCCCCCAUGCCAUACUUCGUGGGAGUUCAUCUGAGUCUGCUCGAGAGAGUACGCAGUCGAUCACUGGAGGAUGUGGUUAUUCUGAAUGUGGAUACCAACACCCUGGAGAGUCCAUUUGAAGACUUGCACAACCUGCCCAGUGACGUGGUGUCCUCUCUGAAGAGCAAGCUGAAGAAGCAGUCGACGGCAACAGGAAGUGGUGUGGCGAGGUCCUUCAUGAGAGCGCAGGCCGCUCUGUUCGGAUGCUACCGAGACGCCCUGAGAUAUAAACCAGGGGAGCCUAUCACUUUCUGUGAGGAGAGCUUCGCGAACCACCGCUCGAGCACCAUGAGGAACUUCCUGUCCAUGGCUGUCAACCUGCAGCUCUUCAAACAGUUCAUCGACGGACGGCUGGCCAAAUUGAACGCAGGCCGCGGCUUCACCGACGUGUUUGAAGAGGAGAUCACAGAGGGGGGCUUCUGUGGAAGUAAUUCAAGGUCUUAUCAGCAAUGGAUGCACACCGUGAAGAGAGGAGGAGCACUCAUCAACACGGCCGUGACAAAGGCCAGGAGUCAUGCCAAGAGGGGCAUCCGGGACAUUAAGGGCAGACUAAAAGCAAGGGAAGAGGAAGAAGAGGGGAUGCCGGUCUGUGCAGGGUCUCCCACCAGCACCAAGAGCCUGUCUCCAAGGAGACUGCAGAAGAUGAGACGGCAGAACCUCAGAAAGUCUCCCAUGAGCAUGGACCCCAGAGAUCUUGGCUACGGGCUGGAUGAUGAUGAGCUGGACAGUGCGAGCAAGCUGUCCUCAGAAGACAGCGGGGACGUCCCCUCCUACACAGAGGACAGCGACGACUCGUACUCGCUGGAGCUGGACAUCGACUCGUCCCGCUCGGGCCAGAUGAACCUGCUGGAGGAAAUCCUGGACUCUCUGAACACCACGGGGCUGGACCAAGGCAAACUCAGUGCCGCCAAGAGCCUGGACUUCUUCAGGUCCAUGGAUGAGUUAGACUACAAGACCUCGACCAAACCGACCCCCCCCACGGAGUCUAACCCUGCAGAUGACAGUGGUUGUGCUGGGGACCAGAACCAGGGCGGCUGGAAUAUGGGCCAGGACGACAGCGCCAUCCACGGUAAACACCUCCCACCAUCUCCGAGGAGGCAGCCCAACAAGAGCAGCCUGAAGGUGUUGAAGAAACCUGUGGUCGCUCCUCCAGCCCCCCCAGCUCCCAGAUCUGCCCCAGUCCCUAACCUGUCAUCUCCGGAACGACAUCCAGGACACCGCUUCUCUUACAUGCCCCUACUGCCCCACAGCCCUACACCCACUGCGCAAUCUCCCACACUCUCUUACACUCACAGCUCUCUAGCACCGGAUUCCCACCUGGACUACUCUCCUGAUCCAGUGGGCCGGUCCCGGACCAUCUCAGACCCCCAGGCCUGCACAGAGUCUUCUCAGACCCUGAACCAGAAUUCCUCCACUGGCAUCCUGAGGAGGAAAGUGCUGUCCAAGGAGAUGGUGAAGCAAUACCAAGAAAAGGCCCUUCACAGGCUGGGCAGCCGGGUCUACCAGGAGGGCGAGGAGAAGCACAGACAGUCAGCCAUGCCGGUCCCGUGGGAGAAAGAGGUGUCCAAAGAGGGGCUCCUGGGGCUGGGCCUGGGUCUGUGUGAGAGUCCAGGCUCUGGGGAGGCUGUGGUGCAGGAACAAACCCUCCUCGAGGAGAUCGACGCCAGGUGUUGCCUCGGCUCGGUCCUCCACACCAGCCUGCAGCUUUCCCAGGUUCACUGCAACAACAGUCACCAGCAGGUCCAGGGCAAAGCCACAGAGGAGUCCUGAGGCACCUCAAAGACUCAGUGUCCGUAAAACGCCAUAGAAGUAUAUCCACUGUCAUCGUAGAGGACAUGAGCAGUUCAGAAGUUUUUCUAUCUCAACACCCAGCGAUCAGGAGAGGCCACAAACAAACUUGAUGUCAUAGAGGCAGCCGCGAAGCGGUAGCUAGGAUGCUAAAAGGAAAACGAGAGUGAUGAGCUGGUGCACUGCACAAUUCUCCAUCUGUCGUCCAUCUUUGUUUUCAAAUGAUUCAAUUUGUAUUUCAGGUGAAAUAAUCUGAUUGUAUCUCAACUUAUUAUUUCCAAGAUAAGUGGACAAACUUUUUACUUGUAUCUGGAAGUGAAAUAGAAAAACAACAAAUUAGUUUUCUUUGUAGUGAUUCAGAUGCUACAACAAGAAAAACUUCUGAGUUUAUAAAGAUUCUGGAAACAAGUGACAGCAGCAGGACAAACACACAAAGUGAGACAUGCAGUGUUAUUUCACUUGGAUUUAAGAAAGAUUGAUGUUUCUGCAUCACAGUAUUUUUGUUGAUAAUCGUCUACAUUUCUGAACAACACAUUCUCGUGUGUUAUAUUAUUCAUCUACAAAACAUUUCACAAAGCAACACUCGACCCUUGAAUUAUGUUUUGCACAGAAUCUAUGUAGCCGACAGGUGAAGGAGGAAUUGUUCACAUUGCGAAGAGGAAAUCCAGAAACUGCUGCGUCAGCAUCACGAGGGGGGGGGGGGGGGGGGGGGGGGCUCCUCAUGGUCCAAACAUUUCACAUGAUCAAAAUUUGCACUUGGUUAUCAACAAAUAAUACUCAGUUAUUACUACGUGGUACGAAAAGUCAAACAGGAUUUUCUAGAAACAAAUGAAACUAAUGAUACACUGUGUAAUUUAAUUUUUUUUGUUUUUUUUUUAUCACCAUGCCUUAAGUGGACAUGUGAUUUGUUUAUAAUACUCUGGUGUCUUAAUCUAUCUAUCGAUACCAAUACAGGUACUUUGUAAUCCGAUUACUUACAGAUCGUUAAUGCAGCAGUUAGUAGAACUUAAACAGCACUAUGUGUAUCUGUAUUAAUAGAGUAGUUAAUAUAUGAUGUGCUUUAAGUUGCUGUUUUUAAAUUGCAUUCCCGAUCAUGAACUGUGCACGUGGAGAAACCUCUCUCCUCUCCCUGCGUUCCUCAGGACACUUCUGCAAAUACACUCACAGUUUAAAGACGAUUCUUGUGAAAAAAAAGCCAAUAUCCUUCCUCCAGCUCCUCUUCUUCCUCUUUUCCCACCGUCGCCUCUCUGUCCCUCACGUUGUCUCUCGCUCUCGACCUUUAGAACGACCGCCAGUCGUUGCAGAGCUCGUGAGGUUUGGAGCGGAGGUGGAAAAAGUUGAACUUUAUGCGAUACGACAGAUAAAACCGUACAUUCCUGUUAUUAUCUACAGAUCCCGUGGAAAGACCGAAACUAACGAUACAGUGCUCUGCCUCAUAGACCCCCCCCCCCCUCCCCCCCUGUUUGCGGCCCACAGCCUCAAGCCCAUUUGUUCCUACUGAUGAUGUAAACUUUCAAAGUGGGUCACAGAUCCUGAGUAAAGUUCUCAUUUUCAGUCUCAAAACAAGCCGUAGCUUCUGUAGAGAACAGAACUAAACACAUUCGUCUGUAGACGUCUAAUCAGUGGAAUUAAUUCAUCGUUGAUUUUGGGUUUUCUCACGGGAUUUGUUGACUUUUUUUCCGAAGAAUACAGAACCUCUCGUAUAACUUUUUGUAUCGUCUCAUCUCACAUGAGGAAAUGCAAUCUCUGUCCCUCUAGGUCCGAGUCUCACACUGUAACGCAACGCAGUGAUGGACGAUUGUGCUGUAACGAAGCAAUACAGUUCUCCUCAGAGAGUAGCUACAUGGAUGUAACGUGUACAGAGUCGAAACUAUUUCUAUAACAGACUCUCCUGUGGAGAGAAAACGCCAUGUCCGGAGAUUGUGGGUUCCCAUCGUUCUCUUGAGUCACCACAAAACCCAGGAUGGGGGAAAAAAAACGAAAGCCCUUUCAUGUGCUUGUGUUGGGAUUAUUACAUUUAUGGUUCGUUGUUCUUAUGAUUUAUGCCAGACGCCAGUCGGUGUGGCAGUUUAACAGCAGCUAUUCCUCCACUUUUUGAGUGCUGCUCUGCGUUAACGAUUCGCCCAUAAAGUCUUUGGCUUCUAAAAGCCCAGGAAUCGUUCCUAGUAAUUCCGAAAAAGGAAAAAAAUAAACUAGACUCCAGAACAAUCUCCGUACGGGCCUCACCUAUCGCAAACAAGCUUAUUUACUAUGCAAGUAUUUAAAAUGAUGAAAAUAUAGUAUUUUUUUCCACAUUAUAUUCUAUGAUUCUACUUGAAACCAACCAAAAUUUAAUUCCUAGUGAGAAUAAACCUCACGUGUCCCUAAUUUAAUUCACAGUGUGCGCUGAGGUGUGUCUAAAGGUGUGUGUUGUGCCUUAAACAGUCAAGAGUACCAUCCUAUACCAUCACAACAAGGUACAGUAUCAUAGAAAGUAAUAUGCAAUGGUUUCCGACCACCUUAAAUCACACUAUGGAGCAUCUUUGUAUUUAUAUGACAAACGGACACAAAAGCCCUGAUUUGGUUUGGUGAGGAAAUGACCUGGACUGAAGUCGGGUAGCAGCGUUGUUUGUGUAGCUGUUGUGUUUCUGACUUUCUGCUUCAGCUGCAGUUACUCCGUGUUUUUCUUUUUCUUUGGUCCCGUGGGCGCUGGGAACUUCCUGUAUUGAAGAGAGGGUGUUGGAAUUUCUCUGAGUCAUUUUGUCUUUAUUUGUAAACAAAGUACUUUCCUGAAUUGUGAUAUUAAUACGUGUUUAGUUUGUGCUCCUUGUCUUUUUCAUCUCUCUCUUUUUUUUUACUCAUUCUGAGCAAACUGUAUUUUAAAAAAAAAAAAACAUUUCUCAGAGGAGUUUCUUUAGUUGAUUUCAUAUUGAUGAAUAAUUAUUUUCGACUGAAUAGACGUGUAUUUUUUCUGGCCUAAGUAUAUUUUACAUGAAUAAUAUAUGAUCGGUGUUAUAUGUUGUAAAGACAAGAUAUAAAUGACGCCUAAUAUUUGAAUGUUUUAGAUUUUAUUUUUGGAGGAAAAAAACCAGAGAGAGAAUAUAAGAGAAAUGUCCCAUGUAGCCGUUCAGGUUCAGAAGCAUCUGCCACCUUUACUGAGACUGAUGCUUGUACAUGGUACAACGCUUCCUGUUGUAUCCGCAUGUGUGUACCUGUUUGUGUUGUGACGCUAUGGUUUACUUUAUUCUUUUGUUCUGAAUUAUUAUUUGAGCAGUUGGCACUUCCAUCGAAUCAAUGGAAAUGAACGUUACACUUCUGCCUUGCUUUGGCUAUCGUAGAUUUUUACGUCAUCGAGCCUUUUGCAUUUCAUGUAGAGGAAAACAUUUCUUUCUUUUUCUUGUUAGCUGUAAAUUUAACUAUAGAGGUUUGUAGGGAGAAAUAAUUGAGCAGUGAGCUGCUGCUGCUGCUGCGGAUAUGAAAAGCUUUAGUGACUCUGGUCCUGUUUACACUCAUGUUGUACAACAGUGAAGUUAUGAUUGUCAGGGAAUUCGCAUUUCAACGUGUGCAAGCUUGAGACAAUAAAAGAUUCCCAACACUCAUUAAAAGCUAUUCGUUAAUAUAAAGUAAUAAUAAUUGAAUAUUUGAAGAGACGGAUGUGAGGGACUUUGAAGCAGCUUUUCUAAACUUACUACAGAGUAAAGAACAGGUUUAACUUCCCCUAAGCAAAAUAUUCAAGAACAGAUAUUUUUUAUUAUAGUAAAUCUGAAUGUUACAGUGAGAAACUUCCUUUGCUCAUUUCAGUCUGUUUGUUUUUUAUUAUUUUAUUAUCUCUUUUUUUUAAUGCCAUUUAAUUUGAUUCUCUGAUUCUGGGCACAAUUGCAUGUUUUCAUUGCAGAGAAAACAACCGUCUUAAACAACUGAGGUCAGUCUAAUGUGCUAUUGAUGAGUAACAUGGUACAACUGCACGUAAUGUAUGCACUGUGAACUGAAAAUAAAAUGACACUGUUUCAUU